AUGUUGCAUAAAGACUUGAAAAGGUUGAAGAAGACAAUCAAGAACAAAGUUAUGCGGAAACCAUCCUCGAAACGGAAGGACAAAAUGCUCGCUUCUGUAGUCGAUCGUGGUAGUAGCUCUACUCAGUCAUUCCAGGAAGAAGAGGAUCCAUACAAAGAAAAGCUUCGAAAAUACGAUGACAAUGUCUCCCAUCUCGUUCUACAUGGAUCUUCACUCAAUUCAAUGAGCAACAACGACUUCAGAACCGUACAACAAGAGCUAAAAAGGACUUCUUUGGACCUCGACACCGAAGAAAGGCCGGAAUCACCAGGGAAAAUAGGA